UCAUAGUCCUAAUAACCACACACAAUUAAAUAUUACAUAUCUUAUUGCAUAAAAAUAAACGGUUAUAAAAUUAUGUAAAAAAGGGGCCAUUUCGAAAUUCGUGAUUUGUAUAUUAUUUACUCCAAAAUGUUGUGUACCAAAAAUGUGUUUGAUUAGGUAGGUACCUUUUUCCGACAUACAUCAUCUAAUUCAAAAAUUCUUCUUCUCAGAAUAAUGAUGAACAAAAUACUAGUCUUCAUAGUCGUGGCACUGCUGCAGCUGCAGGUCAGCUUGGCUGCCUGCAAAAAAGCUGGUACAGCUGAUUAUUCCAACAGCAGUCCAGUAGAACUGCUCCAAGCCUACAUACAGAUCAACACUACAACUUACAACGAUUUAUCGGACGCAGUCGAAUUCUGGAGAAAACUAGCUGCUUUAGCAGACGUUCCCAUAAAUGUCUACGAGAUAGUGGAAGGCUUUCCCAUCGUUGUACUAAAAUGGGCAGGAACCGACAGUAGCCAACACAGCAUUAUGCUGAACUCACACAUGGAUGUCGUACCUGCAGCACUUGAGGAUGGAUGGACUUACGACCCAUUUUCUGGCCAUAUUGAUGAGAACAAUUUUAUCUACGGCCGAGGGACGCAGGAUAUGAAAUCUGUGUCAAUACAGUACUACACAGCUUUACGCAGAUUGAAAGAAAAUAAUGUCACGUUACUCAGAGACGUGUACAUGACGCUUAUGCCUGAUGAAGAAGUUGGUGCUGAAGCCGGUAUGAUCCCUUUCCUCCAGAGCAAAGAAUUUGCAGCAAUGAAUGUUGGAAUUGAAUUAGAUGAAGGCAGCUCAUUCCCAUUGCCUGUCAUUGCAGUCUUCUAUCAAGACAAGGUCGUUUGGCAAAUAAAAGUUGACUGCCACGGUGUAUCUGCUCAUGGAUCCACUUUCCCAGCAACUAACGACACGGCUACUGGAAAGUGCCGCAAUGUGAUGAACAAAUUCUUCGAAUUCAGAGACGAACAGUACGAAUUGGCUAAGGUUGCACCUCCCAACGACGCUGGCGGUUACACGUCUAUUAAUAUUAACAAAAUUAAUGGUGGAACAGCUAACAACGUGAUUCCAAGCCUUAUCAGUCUCACGAUCGACAUACGUUUGGGAACGACUGUCAACGAAGUACAAAUGGAUGCAAAGAUUCGUCAGAUAAUUGCGGAAUCAGGAUCAAACAUAACAUUCUCGUACAUUCUGAAGAACCCUCAGUCUCCAGCUACCAUCGUGAACGCGUCAAACCCUUACUGGAAUGCUGUAAAUAAAGCUGCAGAUGAACUCGGCGUUGGAUUAUUGGCGACGAUACCACCUGGCUCAACGGACGCUCGGCACGUCAGAAAUGCUGGUUACCCAGCUUUAGGCUUAUCUCCUAUGCCGAACACUGAACUACUCCUGCAUUCAGUCAACGAGAGGCUGGGCGUUACAACCUUCUUGAACGGAAUCGAUCUAUACGAAAAAAUUAUUUACUACUUGGCUACUAUCCCUGCAGAGGACACAGCUGAAGAUGGCACAGAGUAUCUUAAAGUGACUGCUAGAUAAAACAACCGAGAAUAAAUAUAGCUUUACCUUAUUUGUUGUAAAUAUAUUAAGUAUUAUGUUUUGUUAAAUUGUUUAUUUCUUAGAAAAUAUUAGAUGAGCGUGAGAUCUAUUUGUUAAUUGUUAAUAAUUAAACUUGUAAGUUUAAGUUAUUUUAUUGUUUAAAUAACACAUUGAAGCAUAAAACAAUGACUUUGAUUUUUCAUCACUACAUUUUUAACUCACUUUAUAGGAAUUUACGAGAUUCUGUAACACAGAAGACAAGAUAGGGCUAUUCCUUAAAUUUAAAACAAAUAGAUUUCUGAUUGAACAAGUUGAUAACAUAAUAUAAAUUGCAGGCCAGAUUAUAGUGCCUACGAUACACCUACGACUAUCAGAGCCACGGUAAAAUGUAAAAAAUGAGAAUA